ACACACACUCACACACUCCCGCCUCUCUUCCACCCUACUCCCAGUAGGGUGUUCCAGCAGCAGCAGCAAACCAGGAUUGCAGGAAGCAGGAGGGACACGGCUCAGUGGAUUACAGGCUACAGCCCUCCUCUCUCCAGACUCACCCUGCUACACCGAGAGGAGAGACUAGUGCUACUGCUGCUCUUUCAUCGCAUUUUCGCAUUUUUUGCCUUUUCCUGCUUGUUUUCUGUUUUAUUUUUUCUAUAAUUCCACUUCAUUUUUUGUCUGCUACCUGAAGAGCAAGACUUUAAAAAGUAUUUUUUGAUUAUAUUUAUUUUUUAAAUGGUAAUGAAGGUGUCAGAACUAGGAGUCUUUUAAGGCACGUGGAGAAAGGCUUAAAGGCAUAUGCUUGAGCUAUGGGGAAGUCCAACAGCAAACUAAAGCCUGAGGUGGUGGAGGAGCUGACUAGGAAAACCUACUUCACGGAAAAAGAGGUACAACAAUGGUAUAAGGGUUUUAUUAAGGACUGUCCUAGUGGUCAGUUGGAUUCAGCUGGCUUCCAGAAGAUUUACAAGCAAUUCUUCCCCUUUGGUGACCCCACCAAGUUCGCCAGCUUCGUCUUCAAUGUGUUUGACGAGAACAAGGAUGGACGUAUUGAGUUUGCAGAGUUCAUCCAGGCCCUGUCAGUCACCUCCAGAGGGACCCUGGAUGAGAAGCUCAGAUGGGCCUUCAAGCUUUACGACCUGGAUAACGACGGUUACAUAACUCGGGAUGAGAUGUUGAAUAUUGUGGAUGCCAUUUACCAGAUGGUGCCGCGCGUACAGGGGAACACGGGGAACACGGUGGAGUUGCCUGAGGAAGAAAACACACCAGAGAAGAGAGUGGACCGAAUCUUUGCCAUGAUGGACAAGAACGCAGACGGAAUGUUGACCCUGCAGGAAUUCCAGGAGGGCUCCAAAGCAGACCCCUCCAUCGUCCAGGCUCUAUCGCUGUACGACGGGCUGGUGUAGCAGCUCCCCUACACUCCCCACAUUGUCCAUGAUGGCCUGUCAACGUUGUGUCACCCUGCUAAGUGAGUGAUGGAGUCUGCUACCUGUCUUGUCCUCUGACUCCUCCUCAGCCUAUUAAGGAAGAGAGCGGGAAUCAUGGAAGCUGACAAUGGUGGGCCGCUGCUGUCAAUCACUCAUCAUCAUGGUUUCCAGGAUUAGAGUAAAUUUAACAACCGCAAACUCGUUCGCCUUCGCAGAAGCUAGUGGCGUUGAUGUGUUUACAAGACAUUUAUCUGACAGACAGAAGGAAGUUAGGUACUUUUCUGUAAGAGGAAGAAGACCAGGGUUCAUUAGGCGAAAAACAAUCUGAAACAGGGAGGGACUACCUGGACUUUGUCCAAUACGAAAUGUUCAUUUUCCGUUGCGAAACAACUUUUUAAAAAUUCCAUUGCGAAGCCUAAUGAACAUUGAACUACAUGGGACUGAACACAGACUACUAGUUUAAGGACCGUGGAUCUAAGCAGUUACCAUCUUUAUGUAUUUAUGUUCUGUGAUACUGAGCAUCAGUUCAAUAUGCUGCAGCCAACGACUAGAAACUGCUACUGCCACACUGACUGUCUUUUAGAACGUUUGGAAAAGUGCACCUUAUUUAAUUGUAUUUAAAUAACAGCAGCUCAUGUUUGACAUCAGCAUGAAUUAAUAUUGAUUCUGUGUUCCUGCCGCACAAAGCUCUAAUUGUCGAAGUACGUAAUUGAUUUCAACACCAACUAAGACCUGCGAAGCGAACAAGGGCGAGGUUCGUCGGUGUACUGAUGCUGUAUGAGUUUGAGCCAACUAUUACAUAGAGAUUCAUAGAGAUUAAAUGCUGAGCAGUUGCUUGUCUAUGAGCAGUCCUAGAGGCUUACACUACUGAAUUGCGGACACACUAUAAUCAGUGUCUUCUCUCAAAUUUACCAUCAUAACUGAACCGUUGUGCUGUCAUGCAACAUGCAAUAUAAAUGUAUCAUGAGUUGGAAAAGGGUGGAAUGACACGGAUUGUGGUGGGAAUGAUGAAUAAUUUGAAACUUCACUGAAAUCUUGAACGCUAGGUCAACAACUACGAGAGGCAAAAGGUAUUCAAAUAUAUGUCUUUGCAAAUGCAUGUUAGACGCAUUAUAUUGGUAUGUAAAUACUAAGGUGACUAUAUGCACUGUAGCCAUAAUCAGAACGUUAGUUGUUUUAGGUCAGUACCCUGGUAUGUACAGCCUCUAGAGUGUGGUAGAAAAGCAUUUUGCUACCCGUUUACUUUUCCUCAUCAGUCCAUGUUACUCCUAGACAAUGCACCGACAGUGACAAUUUCACAACAAAGAAGACAAUAAUUUCCCUCCCUCUGUAAUGUUUUUUAUUUAUUUCUCAUCUCUCUCUGUUAAUGACUGGGGCACAAUUUGCUUGUCAUUCCAUCGCUACUGCUUCAGUGAAAUAGAUGUUCCUUUUAUUUUUAUACUGUGCACAAACUGUUCUCUCUUACAAAUAUAAAUUCAAUGGAUGUUUUUAAGAGUUGGAGAGAAUUGGCAACUGCUGUAGUCGAGGGAAUGGUGAAAUAAGUAUUUAAAUGAGCUCUAUAAAAACACUAAUCUUACCUGUAAAUAGACAACCCUGUUGACAAAUGUGGGCGUUGUAUGUUGAUAUCCUCAAGUUGCACAGUUUUCAUUCAGUAUUUUUCCCAUGAUGCAUCUGGAGUGACCCAAUGUACAGUAUGUGGCAUGCUGUGUGUGAUAAGAAACAAGCUAAAUGUAAUGUAGGCUUAAUCAGUAUGAAUUAUAUUUUACCGCUGUUGACUAAUUUUUCUAUUAAAUUCAGUAUCAUAUGAUUAGACAGGGUUUGUCAAAUUGCCUUGGUAUCAAACCAAUUCUCACAGCAUUUAAAGGACACUAUACUGUAAAUAAUAUAAACUGUUAAAAACCUCACAGUAUACAAAAGUGCUCAUUGUUGACAAGACUAUGAACAGACUAUUCUUGAUAUUGAAAGUGAGAACAUUGACUGACCAUCCCAAAUGGCAUACAAAUUAAAAUCUCAGUUGGUCUCCUUGCUCAGUACAUGACAGAGGUAGUUUGUUUUUUUUGUCUUCGGUGCUUUUGAAAUAAAAUAGCUUCUUUCCUUCA